GAGCCUGGCGGCCCCGCCCGAGCCGGCCGCCUCCCGGCGCGUGCAAACUAGUGGCAGUUGGUGGGGCUCGGCGGCCGCCCGCUCCCGGCGCCUCAGCGCGGCACGCAUGCCAAGGCCCGGCGGCGCCAGGUUGUCUUCUGAAUUUUGGGUCUGAAGGUACCCUCUUGCUUUCUCAGCAAAUAAUGGACAUCGUUGGCUUUCUGAAGUCUCAAUUCAUUUGCCACCUUCUGAUCUGCUACAUAUUUAUAGUGUCAGGACUGAUCAUUAACUUCAUUCAACUCUUUACACUUAUACUUUGGCCAAUCAACAAGCAACUGUUCAGGAGGAUCAACUGCAGACUGGCUUACUGCAUUUCCAGCCAGAUGGUGAUGUUGCUGGAAUGGUGGUCAGGCACCAAUUGCACCCUCUACACUGACCCAGAAAGUUACAAGAAGUAUGGGAAGGAGAAUGCCAUCGUAAUCCUUAAUCACAACUUUGAAAUUGACUUUCUCUGUGGUUGGAACUUUUGUGAAAGAUUUGGGGUCUUGGGGAGUUCCAAAGUACUUGCAAAGAAGGAGCUCUCCUACAUGCCUAUCAUUGGCUGGAUGUGGUAUUUCCUAGAGAUAGUCUUCUGCAAGCGUAAGUGGGAGGAAGAUCGGAAAACAGUCAUGCAGAAGUUGCUGAAUCUCCGGGACUACCCUGAAAACUUUUGGUUUCUGAUUCAUUGUGAGGGCACAAGGUUCACAGAACAGAAGCACCAGAUUAGCAUGCAGGUGGCUGAAGCCAAAGGCCUCCCCAAGCUCAAGUACCACCUACUGCCACGAACGAAAGGAUUUGCUGUCACUGUGCAAUGUUUGAGAAAUGUAGUUUCUGCAGUCUAUGAUUCUACCCUCAAUUUUAGAAAUAAUGAGAAUCCAACAUUGCUGGGAGUUCUAAAUGGAAAGAAAUACCAUGCAGAUUUAUAUGUAAGGCGGAUUCCACUAGAGGAAGUCCCAGAAGAUGAGCAGGAAUGUUCUAACUGGCUCCACAAAUUGUAUCAAGAAAAGGAUGCGUUCCAGGAAGAGUACUACCGAACAGGAACCUACCCAGCCGUCCCUGUAGUACCACCCCGGCGACCAUGGACGCUUUUGAACUGGCUUUUCUGGGCCUUAUUGCUGCUCUAUCCUUUAUUCAAGCUGCUCAUCAACAUGAUCAACAGUGGAUCAUCGCUGACACUGGCUAGUUUUGCGUUUGUCAUUGUAAUAGCUUCUGUUGGUGUCAGAUGGAUGAUAGCCGUUACAGAAAUUAACAAGGGCUCCACCUACGGUAACAAUGACAACAAGCAGAAACAAAAGUAGUACCUUCAGAGACUGCUUCAAUCCAAAGGGAAUAAAUGCAACUUCUGAAAACUCUUAAGUGCGUAUCAUGGUCCUUCAGGUGAGAUCAGAGGAAGGGUAGGAUGAGCAACUGCCAUGCAUAUCUGAUUUUGUGCUCCUGUUACUUUUCUCUGGGGGUUUGGGCUGGAUGACCUGCUUGAAAGAUGCACUCUGUCGUAUACUCUCUACAACAGGUUUGCAUUCGUUUGGUUGGUUUGUUUUCCUAUAAAGUGUCCUAAGUUUUGAAGAAAAAAAUAAAUAUCCAAUGUGCUUGUAUGAUGAGACUCUACCUGGAAACUAACCAGAGGUGCAGGCUUUAUCUUUCUUAACUUGCUCUAAGGAAUGGAUGUCGAAAGAUUGUUACAAGAUGAUUAAAAUCGAUAGUUGUGUAGAUUACACAUUAACAGUUUAACAACCAUAAUCUGUCAAUGUUUAAAUACGGUAAGAUGCUCUGCUUGGUUAUACCAGUGUUGGACUGAAGCAGCUCUCCUGAACCAGCAGAACUGCAGGAGAGUUUCUCUACAUCUAGAACUUACUCCCGCAGCGUGCCCCGCGUGGGGCACAGACCCCAGCUGAGGGCCCGCUGCGUUACAUCCCAGCCUUGCAGGGGCAGAACCUGGAGUGGAGUUUGCCCUUGUGGCCUGAACAGAGCUACGUGUCCCACUGCCACAUCUUGCCCCAGGCAGUACAUCAGAGGGAUAAGCUGAAACCUGUAAUUCUUUUGAGAGUAAACGCCAUUUAUCGUUUGGAAAAACUGAGGUAAUAAAAUUCCUUUCAGCUUUAAACACUGAUUAGAAUUCUAGGCCUCCCUAACAAAGGUGGAAACAAAACAACUGGGUAUGCUGUGAGUAAUGCAAAGUGUGCAUUAAACGUUCUGCCCCACACCCAUACUGUUGUGAUCCCAAUUAAUCUGCUUGUCUGUCUUUUCUGAUAAAUUAGUUUAUGUGGUGCCUCAUAGCAGUCAGCCCGAGGCAAUAUUUAAAUUAUCUUUUGCUUUUCUUUUGGGGAGAAGAGGGGAAGUAGGAGAGACCUAGGACAGUGGUGUGGCUUAGUUUUUUAUGGCUGGCUGGACUUGCUUUGACACCCUUAUGAAUUAAAUAAAACUAGAAUCAAGCCCCUUGGGAAAACUGUGUUGUGCUGACAUCCCUGGUACUGAUUCCAGGACAGCCUCCUCUUGUUUCUAAACUUCAAGAGUUAAGGAUAUGCAAGUUACUAGAAAGAGCUUGUUUAGAAAAAGAACAAGGAAAAGCGGGGACUUCCAACUACCAGCAAUUACGAUUAGAUUUUAAAAGACCGGUGGUUUGUUUUUUUUCCAAAGAUACUGAUGCUGAGCAGUGGGGAUUAUGAUUGGCACUUUCAUUGAUGCUACAUUUUCACAGCACAUAUGUAUAAACCGUGAUAGUCUAGUAAUGAAAAGCCUGCAUGGCUCUAGAGAAGAAAGUGAGCAGUCUUUGUUCUAGCAGCUGGAAUAAAAACCAUUUCUCUUUCCCUAUAAUAAAACUGAGGCCAGAAGAAAGCGGGGCUAAUACAGCAGCAUGUGAAUCAUUCCAUGAAAUAUGCAUUUGCUGUUCAGUCCAUCAGUUCAUCUAGAAACUAGUCUUUUUAAAUCUACAGCACCUAAAGAGCAGGUGGAGCUGUGCUUUGAGCAUGGGGCAGCAAGAAAAGUUUUUUGAGAGUGGAGGCAGUAAAACGUACAA